AAAAGAGAUAAGAACCACACACACAAGCUCAGACUCAGUUUAUACAUAAGGAUUCAUUCAAGCUCAAUCAAACAGAUUUCUUUUCAAACAUUGGCGGAUUUGUCUAAGGAUGGCGUACCAUCUUUGGAGCAUAUUCUCAUGUCUUCUUGUGACAUGCUUCAUGGUGUCUUUGCCAGCUUGCCACAGUGGGAGGGUGCUGGUCUUUCCUCUGGAAGGAAGCCAUUGGCUUCACAUGGACAUUCUGAUCAAGGCCCUUCACGCUCAAGGACACUCCGUGACCGUGGUACGAACAAACAAAAGCUGGUACAUUAAAGAAGAGUCUUCAUAUUACAGCUCUAUUACAGUACACGUCACUGAUGGAGUAGACGAGGGCUUUGUGAAGCCAAUUCUCAACAAAGUCCUCGAUAUAGAAAGAGGUAAAAGUUCAGCUUUAAAUUUCUUCAGUUUGCAGGUGGAGGCCUUUUCAUUCAUGUCUAAAGUUCCUAAGAUGAUGGCUGAAAUGGUGACCAAUAUGAUUGAAGACAAGGAGUUAAUGAAGGACAUAAAGGAAACCCAGUAUGACCUCGUCUUGACUGACCCGGCCUGGGGAGCAGGUGUUCUGAUGGCCCACUAUCUUCAGCUACCUCUGGUCUACAAUGUCCGCUGGGUCACCUUUGGAGAGGGACAUCAGGUCAUCGCACCAUCCCCCAUGUCUUAUAUUCCAAUGACUGGAUCUGGGCUGACGGACAAAAUGACCUUCACAGAGAGAGUGAAGAAUAUGCUUAUUAAAUUGCUUGGACAAGUUCAGGACAGGUUCUUAGUGCGACCCUAUUACCAAGCAGUUUGUGAGAAGUAUUUCCAACUGGGUGUGGAUUUUAAUGAGUUAAUACAGGGGGCUGACUUAUGGCUCAUGAGAGUCGACUUUGUGUUUGAGUUCCCUCGUCCCACCAUGCCUAACGUUAUCUACAUGGGAGGGUUUCAGUGCAAACCGGCCAAGCCCCUUCCCCAAGACCUGGAGGACUUUAUUCAGAGUUCAGGAGAACACGGUGUCAUUAUCAUGUCUUUGGGGACUUUUGUCAAGGAACUCCCGAGUGACAUGACAGACGAGAUAGCGACUGCUUUUGCCCAAUUGCCUCAGAAGAUCAUCUGGAGGCACAUUGGGGACAGGCCAGCGACUCUGGGCAACAACACCUUACUAGUUGACUGGAUGCCGCAGAAUGACCUACUAGGACAUCCUAAGAUGAGGCUGUUUGUAGCUCAUGGAGGAACCAAUGGAGUUCAAGAGGCCAUCUACCACGGAGUCCCCGUUGUUGGCCUACCUUUGUUUUUCGACCAAUAUGACAACCUCCUCCGUCUGCAAGCAAGAGGAGGAGCAAAGAUUGUGACCAUAGCCACGUUAAACAACGACUUCCUCAAGGCCUUACAGGAAGUUCUUCAGGAGCCAUCCUACAGGGAGAACAUGCAGAGGCUCUCCAAGCUGCACAGGGAUCAGCCAAUGAACCCCCUGGACCUCGCCAUGUUCUGGAUCGAGUAUGUCAUGAGACACAAAGGUACUGCUCACCUGCGUACAGAGUCCUACAGAAUGCCCUGGUACUCCUACCACUCUCUGGAUGUCAUGACGUUCCUUCUAGCUUCUGUGCUACUGAUUCUGCUGACUACUGUUGCUUUCAUCAGGUGUUUAUGCUUCAGAAUGUGUUGUAGACGGAAAAUGAAACACGAGUAACUGAAAAUACAUUUUGU